AUGGGUGAAGCAAUUCCUCCGGAAGAUGUAACAUACGGUAUCAAGGGCCUUCCUCGGCCACCGAAUGCCAUGAGAUACCCUGGAGAGAUUCCCUACGUGAAAGGUCUUCCAUGGACGCUAUUUGUGCUCGCCUUGGAACGCUUCAAGUCGAUGCCUGUCAAUGACAAGCUUUCCUACUUCCAGAUUGCCGGAAUCCAUGGGUAUCCAGAAGUUGCCUGUGACGGAGCGCCGGAACCAAAACACGCGCCGGACAAGAGGACGAAACAAGCUGGUGAUCAGCCUUUCGGUGGAUAUUGUAACCACAACAGCCUGAACUUUCCUGCAUGGCACAGACCUUAUAUGCUUCUCUUCGAGCAACGUAUUUGGGAGAACAUGAGGCUGAUCAUCAACAAUUGGACGAGCGAGCAUGGGUUACCAACAUCCGAAGCAAACGAAUGGUACACAGCUGCAAAGCACUGGCGAAUGCCAUACUGGGACUGGGCUAGGCAACAAAUGUACCAUGAAGACCUAGUCUGCCCCUUAGUCCUGACGCAAGGAGCCGUCCGAAUCUACCCACCUACUACGAUAAAGAACCGAUUUCCGCGAAGCGGUCUCUAUCCCAACCCGCUGGUGGGCUUCGAGAACCCAGAAAAGGACCCAAAGACAGGGAAACCGUUGCCAUUCGGUAGCAUGCCAGAAGGCAACGCCAAAUGGAAUAUCCAUGACAACCCAAUAGUUCACGAUGAGCUGCCACUGAAGAAGGACUGCGAUUGGGCUCCAUGGAGCAAGGCAUCUGCAACUAGCCGAUAUGGGAUAUUUAAGGGAGAAGAAGAUGAGAAGGAUCCCGCGAGAUACUUCAGAGGACUUGAAGGGGUAAACCACUGCUGGAGAUCUAACGCCAGCCUUGCAAGAGUUCACGAGGAUGGACCUGACGGCAAGCCUAGAUGGAGCACAAUGGAGCAACAUUCAAAAGACUAUACAUGGAACCCUGGAAGCCUAUCAGAUGCAGUCAAUCGCAUGUUUUCCAAGGGCUACAACUCGAAUUGGGGACAGUUUGCGUCGACAAAGUGGAUAGCGGAAGGCAAAGGAUGUCCACAAACAGGAUAUAUAUCUCUGGAGUAUAUCCACAACAAUAUCCACAACUUAACCGGCGGAAGUGACUAUGCAACUGGGAUGGGCCACAUGAGCGACGUGCCAGUAGCAGCGUUUGACCCCAUCUUUUGGCUUCACCACGUACAGAUAGACCGGUUGUUGGCCAUAUGGCAAUGCCUCAACCCAAAGCUGUGGUUUGACAACGAGCCAUUAGGCGAACUUAACACGGCAGGUAUGAAAGCUUCCAUUGUCGCCGAUGACAAAGAGACGGACCCUCUUGAACCGUUUCACAGGAAAAACAACGAUCCUGAAAAAGAAGUCUGGACUGCGCAGGCAUGUCGUGAUUGGACAGAGCUGAACUAUCAGUAUGAUGACCUGGCAGAGGUAACUGAGAGAACGAUGCGAAAGCAUGGCCGAUUCAUACCCGGGGAGUUCCAAGCCGAGCUUCAAUCGCAUAUCGACACGAUCUACCCAGGUACAGGACAUCUCAUUGAAUCGAUUAACAGGUCCAGUGCCAUUCCAAUCGGAAGACGGCUAUGUCAAAGUCAGCCAGGCCCUUGGAAAGACUACAUCAUCAACGUGGUGUACGACAGAUACGCCUUGGACGGCCUGUCCUACACAAUCCAAUUUUUCAUAGGUGGACCACCAGGCGAAGACACGACGAUUUUCGAAAAGCACAACUAUAUCGGUCAUGUGUACUCCUUCGGUGGUAGACAGAGCACAUCCGAAGGCUCUUGCAGAAACUGCAAGAAACAAGCUGCAGCACAGGUCCUCUCAUGUGCUCAGGUCCCUCUGACGAUCCAUCUCCUUCAACACGUCAAAGACAACAUUCCCGACCACUCCCUCAAGGACUUUGGUGAAAUUGAGGAGUACCUGAGACUUCAUCUUCGAUGGAGGCUUGUCAGGUAUGGCGGUGAAGUCAUCUCAGAGGAAGGAUUCAAGAGAAACUUUUCCAAGGUCCAAAUAUCUGUCUUGCGCGGCACUGGCCGAAUCAAGCCGGACAAUGCACUUAGUGCAGGUUCAGUGUCUUCAUUGUACAGCGACUAUGUUCCAUUGCCAGAGAUCACCGAUGGAAAACCCGGUGGCUUGCAACGCGACAAAGCCUCCGAGAACACCAAGCCAUUCGUUCCGCAAACCAAGAGUGCUGUGCGACCGCUGCCAACGCGGUUCCCCGAGGCCGAGUAA